CAGAAAAAAAUGAGGGGAUGCAGGAAGUAGACGAAGAAGAAGUACCACCGCGACCACCACAACCACGACAUCAAGAGAUCGACAUGGCUGCUGACAGUGAUCCCGAGUCCGAGGUGUUUGAGAUCACCGAUUUCACCACCGCGUCAGAGUGGGAACGGUUUGUGUCUAGGGUUGAGGAAUUACUUAAUGACUGGAAGCUGAUUGGAAACUCUGCAGGAAGUUCAACUCCAGAGAAGGGUGAAUACACCACUGGCACCUGGCGGGAGAAGUCUAUGGAGAUUCAUUUUGCGGACUUUAAGUUCUAUGUAACUCAUUACUUCCUGAAACAAGAAUGUGAGAAGGACAAUGGGAAGGACAAGCCUGAGGAAGAUACCUUCCCCUUGGCAAUGCAGGACCUUCUGUGUAUGAACAAUGACUUCCCUCCUCGAGCCCACUGCCUGGUCAGAUGGUAUGGCAUACGAGAGUUUGUGGUCAUUACCCCAGGAACCAACUGUGAGGCCAUCAUCAGCGAGUCCAAAUGCAAUCUGCUCCUCAGCUCUAUCUCCAUUGCUCUGACCAACAGUGGCUGCCAGGUGCCCAUGUUUGUGCAGAUCCAGCAGAAGUGGAGGCGGGUGUACGCUGGAGAGUGCCAGGGCCCAGGGGUGCGUACUGACUUUGAGAUGGUCCACCUCCGCAAGGUGCCAAGCCAGUACAACCACCUGUCUGGCCUGCUCGACAUCUUCAAAUCUAAGAUAGGUUGUACCCUGUCCCCUCUACCUCCAAUCAACAUUGCCAUCCGUUUCACGUACAUUCUCCAGGACUGGCAGCAGCAUUCAUGGCCACAGCAGCCUCCAGACUUUGACACACUCCUUGGAGGUGAGGUGGGAGGAGUGGAGUUUGGGAAGCUUCCAUUUGGAGCAUGUGAGGAGCCAAUCAGUGAGCUUCAUCUUGCAACCACUUGGACUCAGCUGACGGAAGGCAUAGUUGUGGAUAAUGAUGUCUACAGUGACCUGGACCCUCUCCAAGCUCCCCACUGGUCAGUCCGAGUCAGGACAGCUGAAAACCCUCAGUGUUUACUGGGGGACAUUCUGACAGAGUUCUAUAAGCUGUGUUGUAGGAAGGAGACUACAGAAGAGAUUCUGGGAAGAGGAUUGGCUGCAGAGGAGGGCAAAGAAAAUAGUGACAUCAGCUCUGCUUUAUCGAAGCUGACGGAGCCAGCAACAGCAGUGCCAAUCUCCAAACUGUCUGUCUCCAGUAUGGUGCACAGUGCUCGAAAGCACAUCCGACGCCACCAGCGCAUUGAUGAGUGCCCACUCAACACUGAUAUUCUCAAUUCCAUCCUUCUCUAUCUCUUCCCAGAUGCUGCUGUGGAGAAGUCAUCGGAGAACAGCAAGAAUAAAAGUGCACAGUCAAAAGCCAGUGGGAAAUCCAAGCAAGACAAAAACUCUGACGAUAACCUUUUCCUCCAGUUGAAGUCGGCACCCACCGACAGUCUGACAUACCGGCUGGCACUGUGUGCAUGUCUAGUCAACUACAACCAUGGCGGGCUGCGUGCUGUUGCUCACCUCUGGCAGGAGUUCGUCCUAGAGUUGCGCUAUCGCUGGGAAAACAACUACCUCAUCUAUGGACUGGUUAGUGGACCUCCGGAUCUUCGCUGUUGUCUUCUGCAUCAGAAGCUCCAGAUGUUGAACUGCUGCAUUGAGAGGAAGAGGGCCAGAGAUGAAGCUCGCAAGGUGCUGGAAAGCAAAGAGAGAGAAGGUAGGGGGUCCGGUGGCUGCCAGAAUUCUUGCCCUGUAUCAGAGUCUGCAACAGCAACAAGGGAGAUGUCGCCGGGAAAAUCCUGGGACUCAUGGAGCGACAGUGAAGAUGAGUUCUUUGAGUGCCUCAGUGACCAGGGGGAGAUAGAGGCUCCGCAUCCUGAGGCAGAUAAGGAUAGCAGUAAAAGUAAAGCAGAGGGUCGGCUACACCCCUGUAACAACAUGACUCUACUCAACUCUACAGAGCCUCUCUACGUUCCUGUCACACAGGAGCCUGCUCCCAUGACAGAGGAUCUGUUAGAGGAGCAGUCAGAAGUACUGGCCAAACUAGGCACAUCAGCUGAAGGUACCCACCUUCGUGCCAGGAUGCAGAGCGCCUGUCUGCUCUCUGACAUGGAGUCCUUCAAGGCAGCCAACCCAGGUUGUGUUCUGGAGGACUUUGUGCGCUGGUACUCACCUAGAGAUUACGUGGAAGAGGAGAUGGUUGAUGAGAAGGGUAACAAGGUGGUGAAAGGUGAGCUUAGUGCCAGGAUGAAGAUCCCAGGCAACAUGUGGGUGGAGGCUUGGGAGGCAGCCAGAGUAACACCUGCACGCCGCCAGAGAAGACUUUUUGACGACACUAAGGAGGCCGAAAAGGUUCUGCACUAUUUGACAUUGCAGAAACCUGCAGAUCUGACCUGCCAUCUCCUGCCCUGUGUACUCCAUGCUGCUGUUCUGAAGUUAAAGGAGGAAGAGUCGGUAGAAGACAUUCCAUCAGUCAGAAAAAACAUUCAGCAAGCUGCAAGUCAAGCCAGCAAGCUGCUGCACCCCAUCAACCAUGACUACAAGAAGUUAGAGGAUUUCAUUAACCAGCUGAUGGCUAUAGAGACAGUCAUCACCCGAGGUCGCUCGCUCAAGGCCAAGUUUGCAAUUUGUGAGGGUGGUAAGGGAGAGGAUACAGAGGAGCUAGAGAAGUUUGUCAGCUCCCUGCUCGAAGAACCAGAGGUGGUGGUGGUUGGAGCUGGCCAGGGGCCAGCUGGUGGCAUCAUCCAUAGGCUGUUUGUCAAUGCUCAGAGGCUGGCUGACUUCACCAGUGACGAGGCUGCUCUCCUGGCACCACUGGAUGAAGACAUGGGGCAUGACAGAAAGACGACUGGAGCAAGCAAUAAAGUGCCUGACUUCCCUCCUCCUGCAGGCAGAGAAAUUGUGUUGCGUACAUGUGUUCCUCGGCCAGCACCAUACUCCAAAGCUCUGCCUCAGCGGCUAUUCUGUGUGUUGAUGAGGGAGGAGUUCAGGCUGGCAGGGGCCUUCUCUUCAGACACUAAUUUCUUCUAAGACCAAAAACCUAUCACACAAUAUUUGAUCUGAAAACAUGUUCCAUUUGCUCACCCCCUUGAAACCAGAACUUGAAGAUCAGUGAAAGACGGAGGGUGGCACAUUAAAAAAAUGAUUCUCUGUUGGUCCUCUGUUGGUUAAUGAGUUUGUUUGUGGGUACAAAUGCUUGUUCAGUGAAUGUUUUUAUUCAGGCAUAACAUAUCUGUGUUGGUUAUGUAUCUCCAGCCGACACCCUAAUGAGCAUUGCUAUCUGAAAUGAGAGAGAUCACUUUAUAUAACUUUAGUUGGUCCUUAUGGCAUUGCAAAAAGGGUAAAAAUUCCUAGCAUCACACAGGCAAGGGGCACAUUUAAAUUUCUUGUACUACAGACUGCUGUAAUUUCACUGUGCACAAUGGCAAAUAUCAAGCAGUUUUGAUAUAGAAGCAAUUUAAAAUGAAGUGUUACCAAAUGUAAUCUGUUUAUGAGUGGGCAACUUAAAACUGAGCUAAAAGAUGCAAGUGCUGUAGUUACAAGUGAAAGGGGUGAGAGUAAAAUCUUUUCAUCCUCACACUGGUGAUGCACUGCACCCUCAUCAAUAUCACACAGACACAUUUUUUCCUCUCAGCUCUGGCCUUGCCAAAACACCGUAACCACUGUUUUUCACAUAAGAUGUUGCUCUGUUGUUGUAGUGUUACUGAGUAAAAGAAACUAUCAAAAUGACAUUAUUUUUGCAAUUUCCCUAUAACUGGCCACAUGCUAAGUGAUAGCAUAACUUCAUACCAUUAUUCUCUCCUUGUGUUGUUGUGAACAGAACAGGUUUAUUGAUCCUGCUUGUUAAUGUGCUGUUUGCAGUUCGGCGCUAGGUCAUAGGCUUGAAAAGUUGCUGAUACCUAACAGGAGGGUUCUAGACAGGAAUGCUUGUUGAAAAUACAUGAGUGCAAUUACACAGCAGUCAAUCCUGCUCUGAAGUACAAUUACAUACUUAAUGUUAGAAAAAUAUCGCUUUACUUAUCACAGCAGAAGACAGUGUGAUCAUUCUUAAGUUUGCUUUCAUUUAAAUGAAAAAUAGUUCUAUCAUGUGAACCAAUGCUUUGUAGGUGUAAUACUGAUGUACAUUAACAAGUGAUUGAUUAACAA